AGCUUUGCGCAUCCUUCCUUGAAGCGAGCAGAAAACGCCUUCUCUCCACAUCCAAAUUCCACACACCUUGCUUUGUGUUUAAGUUUUGUGCCAUGGCGAAAGACAACGCUCCACCGGCGACCAGCUCCGACUCCAUGAGCUCCGGCAAGGGCAGCAAGGGAUCCAAGGCCAGCAGCCGGAUGGUCCUCGGCGGCGCUAUUGACAAGGGGAAGGGCGUCCCCAAGGUUGAAGAACAAGAGGAGGGUUGUAGAUCUAAGGGUAAGAUCAUGACAGCGCCGGUGGUAGCUGCUCGCAGCGAUGGCAGAUCAGGCGGCCGCCGCGGCGACAGAGAACUGCACAUCAUCACGGAGCGCGAGAGGCGGAGGCGGAUGAGCGAGAUGUUCACCAAGCUGCACGGCCUCCUCCCCACCCUCCCCGACAAGGUUGACAAGUCGAGCAUAGUGAUGGAAGCCAUACACUACAUCAAGAGCCUGGAGGGGACGGUGAGCGAGCUGGAGAAGCAAAAGCUAGAGAGGGAUUUCGCAGCAGGAGGCAAGCUCGCCGCCGCAGCCAAUGACGGGGUCUCCUCCUCAGUGGCAGCGGCCAUGCCUAUGGGCAUGGCGACGCCGGUGACUGGGCUGUCGGGUGGUGGGAUCUGGCAGACUGGGGCGGCGCAAGCGCCAUCCAUGGCUCUGGGCGCGGUGACCGUGGCGCCGGCACCGGUGCCGCUACAGACGUGGUCAGGGCCGAACGUCGUCCUGAGCCUGUCCGGCAACUACGCGUACAUCCACAUGUCCGUGGCGCGGCGUCCGGGAGUGCUCACCAUGGUGACGGCCGUGCUGGAGAAGCACGGCAUCGACGUGGUCACGACGGGGAUCUCGUCUGACCGUUCCCAGUGCAUGUACACCAUCCAAGCUCGUAUAAAUGGAAUGAGCAACCAGUUCGGAGAUACUGUGGCAUGUGACGACAUAUACAAGCUGGCGGUGUCAGAGAUAAUGGUUUGGCUCUCUGACUAAGAUGGAAUGCUGCAAACCUUUGAUGGGCGUAGUAGAAGUUGUCGGUCGAUUACAUUUGAGGCUUUUAUGUCGAGUCGAACUUAACCUCUGAGUCGUGAUGAUAUCACAGACUUAGAAAUGUGUGUGCAUCGUUGUUUCAUAAACUGCUUUAACAUUUCAA